GGUGAGUGUGGUGUGUGUGUGUGGAUAUCUGGGUAGGUGAGUGUGGUGUGUGUGUAAGGGUAUCUGGUAAAACCUCUCAUCAGAAGCUAACAGCUACAGACAGAGACCCACAGAGAUAGAGACAUCGACCAACCCCAGACAAGUUUGGCUCUCCUCUCUUUUUACCUGUCUCCUCUGUUCUCUUUUUCUAUCCCUACUAACGCUGCCUCUCUAUGGAGAGUUAUUCUCUCUUAUACAGUUCAUCCCAAAGUUCUGAUCUACAUUCUGGCUUCAGGAAACUGCGUUCUGAUAAGAGACUAUGCGAUGUUGUCCUGGAGACAGGCGGUGCUGUGUUCCCCUGUCACCGUGCCUUACUGGCCAGUUCCAGCCAGUAUUUCUGGUGUUUGUUUGGGGAGGAGAGCGCAGAGCAGCUAGCUUAUAGCAUUAGCCUCCCGGCACUAACUCCUGAAGGACUAGAGACUGUAUUGGACUUCCUAUACUCUGGAUGGCUCAACCUAUCAGCAAACUCAUUGCCUUCUGUCCUGGAGACCGCCAGGUACCUUCAGGUGGACAAGGCUGUGUCGCUAUGCGAGCGCUUCCUCAGAGACGGGCUGUCGCUGAGGACCUGCUGUUUCCAUGCCAAUCUAGCGGAGCACCACUUCCUGCCGAAUGCCCUUGCAGCUGCCAAUCAAACCAUAGCAACGGAGAUGGCUGUGUUGUUACGAGAGGACAGGGUUGGUCUUCUGGCGCUAAAUAUCCAAUCACUAAUGGAUGUGCUGGAGAGGGAGGGGCUAUCCGGUGUCAAGGAGGUGGAGCUAUUGAUACUUGCGCUGGAUUGGAUAAACGCCAACGGACCUCUGCCAUUAGUCCGCUCUAACCUCCUGCUCAGCCGACUUCGUUUUGGAUUGGUUACUCCUUCUGACCUCACAACACUUAGCUCUGCCCACCCCAACAUGAACACACCCCUUAUUCGGAGUCAGGUGACACGGGCACUUGAGUAUCAUCAGCUAGGCUUGGCUAGACCAAUCAGACAAAGCCGACACUCCACCCUCAGAGCAGCAGCAAACCAUGUGCUCCUGGUUGGGGGUGGGCCUAGCCCUGAUUGGCCGCAGCAGCAGGUGCUGACAUUCAGCCUAAGAGACAGGAAAUUGUCAUCUUUGGGCAGCGGUCUACCAAGGAGAUUGAAGAACCACUGUGUUUGUUGUGUUGGGGGGUUCCUGUUUGUGAUUGGAGGAGAAGAAGUGGAGGGCGGAUUAGUGGAAGGUGAAGGGAAACCUGUUACUAUGACAACAACAAAUCAUGUGUGGCAGUAUGACCCUCGCUUUGCAUGCUGGGAGAAAGCAGCCUCCAUGCUGGAGAAUAGAGCCCAGUUCAGCUGCUGCGUGAUAGACAAUGUAAUCUACUGUAUAGGAGGAAUCCACACAGACACACACUCCUGUAAGGCAUCAGUGGAGUUCUAUGACAUGGCAUCAGGUCAUUGGAGGAGAGGAGUUUCCCUGCCCCACCCCCUUUAUGGCCACGCCUCAGUCACCCUGGGAAAUGGAAUUCUGUUGUCUGGAGGUAGCCAUGGCUACCACGGCAAUACACAGGUCAGUAACCAUGAUGGUAACCCAGGCAACUGUGAGGUCCUGUUCCUAGAUAUUGUUUCUAUGUCAGAAAAUUGGGAAAAGCGAGCAUCGAUGUCAAUUGGUCGAUUUGCUCACCGCAUGGCAACUGUUUCCGGACGUGUCUACGCUUUACUUGGAAUGUACGAGCACUACUGUGAAAUAGAGCGUUACGAUUUGCUCGUUGACCAAUGGACACGUCUACGUCCAUUUCUAAUUGGCUCCUUUGACUAUGGGUUGGUAGCAACAGCCAAUGGGAGCCUGCUGCUGUUCGGAGGCAGGAAGUGGCAGAAUGGACAAGAGGUAAGCGUGGCAAGUAUUUUAGAAUACGACACGGAGAGAGACCGUUGGGCCGAAAUCUGUCAGCUACACACACCUCUGACAGGAACGCAGUGUGUUGUGAUGUCCCUGCCAGACUGACAGGAACGCAGUGUGUUGUGAUGUCCCUGCCAGACUGACAGGAACGCAGUGUGUUGUGAUGAUCCAGCUGGACUGACAAGAACACAGUGUUAUUAUGAUAGCUCGGCAGGACUGACAGGAACACAAUACGUUAUAAUGGCACGGCAGGACUGACACAAAUGCAGUGUUGUGAUGGCCCUGCAAGACUGACAAGAACGCAGUGUUAUUAUGAUGGCCAUGCCAGACUGACAGGAACACAGUGUGUUACAAUGAUCCAGCCGGACUGACAUGAAUGCAGUGUGUUAUGAUGAUCCAGCCAGACAGACAGGAACACAAUGUGUUAUGAAGGCCCUGCCGGACUGAAAGGAACGCAGUGUGUUACGAUGAUCCAGCCAGACCGACAGGAAUGCAGUGUUAUGAUGGCCUGGCCGGACAGCUAACAAGUUAGUGAUAAACCAAAAUAAUCUUUCAGAAGGUGCUUUUUAUUGCCUAGCUUGCUAGAAUGACAUUUACAAAAUUAUAUUUAAAUUAGUUUAUGAGUGCUGAGUACAGAGCAUGGAUGGCAUAUGGAACACUGGGCGGCUGACUACUUGGAUCUAGGACAACAACCGAAUUGCAAUGAUGUCGCUGGAAAAACUGUCUACAGUGCAUUAAUGUUUAGCAUGGAGUGUGGAGGACUAACAAUGCAUUUGAGUAGGUAAAUCAAUUAAUUAUAUUAUAAUUUAUUGACAAUUCUCUUGAAAAUGGUACACUGUUUGCAGUACCUUGUGCAGAGCUCUGGGCUUCUUGCUCCACAGCAGGCCAAACAUAAGUUUUGCACCUCAUUACUUUGAUAACUACCUUGGAUUUGUAUGUGUAUAAAUGUAUAGGUUCUGUUGAUGUGUAUAAUUAUAUGGGAUCUUCUGAUGUGUAUAAUUAUAAGAGUUCUAAUGAUGUGUAUAAUUAUAUACGUUCUAAUGAUGAGUAUAAUUGUAAGAGUUCUAAUGAUGAGUAUAAUUGUAAGAGUUCUAAUGAUGUGUAUAAUUAUAUACGUUCUAAUGAUGAGUAUAAUUGUAUGGCUUCUGUUGAUGUCUAUAAUUAUAAGGGUGUUAAUGAUGUGUAUAAUUAUAAGAGUUCAAAUGAUGUGUAUAAUUGUAUGGGUUCUGUUGAUGUGUAUAAUUAUAUGGGUUUUGUUGAUGUUUAUAAUUAUAUGGGU